UACCAGAGAGACUCCUUACCAUUUUGCAUCUUCGCCUCUCCGCGGACGUCUGCGAGACGUCACCGACUUGGGUCAUCUCCUUUGUCACUUCUUCGUGGGUGAAUUCACGGAUCAGAACGGCAAUCUCAUGACGCAUUGAGCCGAAUACGCAUCAUCACCGCUCAAUUUGGCGCCAAUCAACUUCCAAAUAUUCUAUCACUAAAUCAUUUAAGAUCGGAUUUCUGAAUUUCUGAUAUACAGUUUUAAACGUGGCUAAACACCCGACGGCAUGGCCAGACCUACAAAAAGACUUCACAUAUCCGAGGGCGGCACGGUUGACAUUCCUGGCAAAACUUUACCAGUUUUUGUUGGAGAAGCCCAAGAAGUAUUCUACGUUCACGAGAAUCUCUUGAGAAAUGGCAGCUCCGAAUAUUUUAAAAAACUGUUGCAAUACGGAGGAGAAACAUGGCAUUCGAAACCUAUCGACCUUUCGCACGAAGAUGUCCCUACGUUUCGGCUGUUUAACAAAUGGCUGUAUGAUGGCUCACUUCUUCCAAAGGAUGACGCUGCAUCGAUAUCAGAUCGCGACUUUCGUCUAUUGGUGAAUGCGUGUGCCUUUGGGGAAAGGUUACGGGACAUUCCGUUCACAAAGGCGAUCACUGAUGCGAUCAUCGAUUGUCACAACAAAAUCAAGGCAGUCCCAGGACCUGUUCUAAUUACGUCCUUUUACGAAGCCACAGAUGACUCAUGUCCCGUUCGGCAACUGUUCGCUGAUAUGUGGGCAUUUCUCGCAAAAGAUGAAUGGAUUGAGCAAAAAUUGAGCCAGUGCCCUCGGGGUUUCGUUGAAGAUCUAGUACGGGCAUAUCACAAACAUAGAUACUGCUUCUCGACCGAUAACCCGCUGCCUUGGAGCGAAUCUCGUGAACAAUACUACCGCUUGCUCGAUGCGACACCGACAGAAAAUCCCUGUGAAAAGUUUGAUCAAGAAUAACACCAAAAUUUUGGAUUGGUGUGGUAGGAACUAUCCUUAGCUGCUCGUGCAGGAGGGUAUUUACCGAGGCUUAUUUUGGCUUUCUGCCCUUGGUUCCCUCUCUCCCGCCUUUCAGCCCGUUUCAAUAUGCAUAAUUUCUGCAAGAAAUGCGUGCUUAUUCCAUUACUCGCUAUAUUGGGCUGUGGUUGAACCUUCAAAAAAUAUGACAGAACUAGCAUUCGCA